AUGGGGAGCCCUGGGGGCCCAGGAUCCGCAUCAAAAAGGCUCUGCAGAGUGAGCAGGCCACAUACUGCUUGCCUCUGCAUCCAGCAGCCAGCCAACAACCCUUACCUGCUCCCUUCUCUUGCCCAGGCUGGGCAAGAAAACAACACUCUGCUUAGAGAAGCCCAGCUCUCCAGCGUGAUUGCGCCCACACUGCUCUGUGGCUUUCUCUACUUGGUGUGGGUUGCUGCUGAAGUUCCAAAGGCCAGCAGAGGGAUGGCUGCCAGCGGAGCCAGGAGCCAGGAAGGCCCCCGGGAGCAUGCCUUCAUCCCAGAGCCUUUUGAUGGGACCAAUGUAGCCCCGAGCCUCUGGCUGAACCGCUUCGAGGUCAUCAACGACCUCAACCAUUGGGACCACACCACCAAGCUCAGGUUCCUGAAAGAGUCGCUCAGGGGAGACGCCCUGGAGGUCUACAACGGACUCAGUCUCCAGGACCAGGGAGACUACGGGAUGGUGAGGGAGACCCUUCUGAAGGCCUUCGGGGGCCCCAGUGCCACUCUCAGCCACCAGCCCAAAGAGAUCCUGUUUGCCUACAGCAUGGGCAAGGGCUACUACCUCAAGGGGAUGAUCGGCCCAGUGUCGGUGAGGUUCCUGGUGGACUCGGGGGCCCAGGUCUCUGUGGUCCACCCCAAGUUGUGGGAGGAGGUCACCGACGGCGACCUGGAUACCCUGCGGCCCUUCGAGAACGUGGUCAAAGUGGCCAACGGGGCCGAAAUGAAGAUCCUGGGUGUGUGGGACACAGUGAUUCGCCUGGGCAAGCUGAAGCUGAAGGCUCAGUUCCUGGUGGCCAACGCGAGCGCCGAGGAAGCCAUCAUCGGCACCGACGUGCUGCAGGACCACAACGCCGUGCUGGACUUCGAGCACCGCACCUGCACGCUCAAGGGAAAGAAGUUCCGCCUCCUGCCCGUCGGAGGGAACCUGGAGGACGAGUUCGACCUGGAGCUCAUCGAGGAGGAGGAGGAGUCCUCCGUGGAGGGGAGGCGGCAGCAGCACUCCCAUUAA